ACCCAUCGCUUACUUCCACAGCAGCUCGUGCGCCUCACCUCAAUCACUCACUGCUCUCAGCUAGCUAGUAGCCAGUGCAUCUCGACCUCGGAGAAGCAAGCUAGCUAGCUUAGCAGAGCAAGGAUCAACCUGCUGAUCGAUUUACCAUGGGCAUGGAGGGUUGCAACAAAGUGAUGGAGGAGGAGGUCCUCGUGAAGAAGAUCACCGAGCUGGCGGCGGCCAUCGGCGAGCUUCCGUCGCUGGUCCCCUCGCCGGAGGUGAACGCGCUCUUCUCGGAACUGGUGGUGGCGUGCAUCCCGCCCAGCACCGUCGACGUGGACCUGCUGGGCCCGGAGGUGCAGGACAUGCGCGCACGGCUGAUCCGCCUCUGCUCCGCCGCCGAGGGCCACCUGGAGGCGCACUACUCCGACCUCCUCGCCACCCACGACAACCCGCUCGACCACCUCUCCUCUUUCCCCUACUUCAACAACUACAUCAAGCUCAGCCAGCUCGAGCACAGCCUCCUCGCCCGCCACAUCCCGGGCCCGCCCCCGUCCCGCGUCGCCUUCCUCGGCUCCGGCCCGCUCCCGCUCAGCUCCCUCGUUCUGGCCGCGCGACACCUCCCCGCCGCGUCCUUCGACAACUACGACAUCUCCUUCGACGCCAACGAGCGUGCCAGGCGGCUGGUGCGCGCCGACGCCGACGCUGGCGCGCGCAUGGCCUUCGUCACGGCGGACGUGGCCGACGUGACGGACGAGCUGGCGGGGUACGACGUGGUGUUCCUGGCGGCGCUGGUGGGCAUGGCGGUGGAGGAGAAGGCCGCGCUGGUGGCGCACCUCGGGAGGCACAUGGCGCCCGGCGCGGCGCUGGUGGUGCGGAGCGCGCACGGCGCGCGCGGGUUCCUGUACCCGGUGGUGGACCCCGAGGAGAUCCGGCGAGGCGGGUUCGAGGUCCUAACCGUGCACCACCCGCAGGACGAGGUGAUCAACUCCGUCAUCAUCGCGCGCAAGGAGGCGGCGCCACCUGCCCUCGCCGCCGACGCGGACGCGCCGGUGAUCAACGGCAGCUUGAAGGCCCAGUGCGCGGUGGCGGUCAGCCGGCCAUGCCUUGGCUGCACCUGCGAGAUGGAGGCGAGGGCGCACCAGAAGAUGAAGGAGAUGGCCAUGGAAGAGAUGGAGGCGUAGGCAUCGCAUCGCAUCGACCACCACAGGCGUUGCACGGUGAUUAAUUUAUCGACCGAUUAAUAUUGCCGAUCGAUUGGUCCACGGUUAAAAACAUGCAUGGUAAUAAUUCGUUUGUCCUCAUGCAUGCACUACUCGUGGCUACUUAUUUACCAUCAUUUAUCCUUGCCUAGUACUCCUAUUUGUACUGUGUUUUAAUUAUCUGACAGCUGCUGCCUCCGGGUUUAACAUAGGAGGAUAUGUGUUGUGCUGAGAUCGAGUCGAUCGAGUUGCGUACUGUAAUAAGUGAUUUUGACACUUUACAUCACUGAAGUGUGAUCACUCAAAACUGUAAUUCUGUGCUUGCUUGCUUAAUUGAUUCUCUUAUCUUCA